ACAGCAGACUUCAUCUUACACUUCAACAGUUUAAUGAAAGAACAUAUCACUAUUUAGAAAUUUACAAAUGCUUAAGAUUGAGGAAUAAAGGUUUAAAUUACAAUUGCAGGAAAUGCAUCCUCAGAAUGUGAAUCAAUCUUUCAAAUCGACGACAGAAAAUUCCAUUUUUCACUGUUCUGUUUCCGGCUGCAUGUAUGCCGACGGUAUGGAAAGAUAUUUCACGUCAAAAAAACUAUUGAAACAGCAUUUCACUAAAGUCCAUGCAGAAAAGAAGUAUUUAUGCUCAAAAUGCCAGAAAGGGUUUGGGGCAGAUUGGAUGAGGAAACGUCAUGAAGCAACUUGCGGAACGGAUUGGUGUUGCUCCUGCGGAAAUCAGUAUGCAUCUUGGGAAUCGUUAAUAACUCACACUAGACGUACACAGCACGUUAUGCCUCCCCACUUCCGUCACCGGCAGAAAAAAUUUAAAAAUACACCCCCUAAACAAGUUUUCUCACCUUUGGUAAUUAUCAUCCAGCAACCGCCCAUACAGAUUGUUCCUUCCGUGUUUUCCAGUUCGCAAACUCCCAUUAAGCAUCGAAAAAUCUUACCGAAAUGUCUGUCCUCUGCACCAAAACAAUUCGAAAAUACAAAUUCUGUUAAUUCUUCUGAAAGGACGCAGUCGAAUGAUUUGUGUAACAUUGGAACCCAAACUGAUCCAUUGUUUUACGAUAUUGGCACUUGGACUUCAGUUUGCGGAACUGUAUUUCCCGAAAAAAUUUCCGUCUCUAACACUUACAUGCCUUCAGAAAGAAAUAAUCAGGUUUCAAUAUCCGCAUCUCUGUUUUCCGAGAAUAUGUCUACUGAGAGAUCAACCGAUCAAAGUAUUGGUAAGAUUCAAAAUAAAAUGGCUGUCGAAACUCAGACUUCGGGAGACGACUUGAAGGAGCAGAAUAUCCAAAGGGAAAGCAGAGGUUCUCAGUGUUCCGGAAGAGCUCUGAUUCAGCGAUCUGAUAUUCAGAUUGAAAGCACUCAUACACAGACAAAUGAGAGCACAGUUGUGAAAAUGAAGAAAGCAUCACUGAAAAGGAUUCAUGGAAAUAAUAAAAAUAAGAAAAGAAGUGAGAAUAAAACAGGAGAAAUGAAAAAUAAUUACUGGUCCAGUUUAAAUACAGUCCUGGAAGAUGCGUCUGUAGACAAAAUCAGCUGGCAAGCAUAUUUGUCUCGAUGUUCUUCAAGCACUCAGACAAGUCCCAGAAUUAAAGAGAAAACAGUCUGCGAUUCGGAAACUCUAACAGAUCAGCUAUCCUCAUCGUUUUGGUCAGAACCGGAAAAUAAUUUUGCCUCAACACAAUCUCAAGAAAUAUAUAGUUAUACAUCAAAAAUUCCCGAAACUAAAUCAAGCGACGACGUUUCGACAAAUGAAGAAAUAUCUCUUAAUAUCUUGUCUUCUUUUGUCGAACCAUUUAAUCAGCAAUCUCUUUCCUUUCCCUUAGAAGAAAUUUCCACAAAUUCGGUACGUCAGGCCAUCUCCGAUAAUUCCCAGCAGCUGUUUAAUAUAGAAACACAAACCGAAUUCAACAAAAGGUUGUUAGACGAUGUUGUACAGCAAUCUGUACAGACUGAUUUCUACCCUCUUCUCUCUCAUACACAGACACAAACGUCCGAAGUAGACGAGUUCUAUUCUAACGUCCUGGCCAAUAUGGAAACUCAAACCUCUGAAGAAUUUCUGUUUUCCGAUUUAGAAUUUUCGGAUAUUGAAACACAGACUCCCUGGAACUACCUGUCUUGCUUAGAAGACGAUUCCGAAUCUCUGUCAUUAAAUCUCGACACGGGCACCGACCCGUUCGAAUUUUUGAAGGACGGCCAGAAUAGAAUUUCGCCGACUUCCGCCAUUCUGAGCGACAUGGAAACGCAAACAAAUUAUCAGCUCAACACUAUCGAGCUGACUGAUUCUUACGCGCAGACGCUGGAUCUUAAUUUUUCUGAAGAUCUGUUUCGUUCCUGAUGACACGAGUCAGAACUUUUUUAAAUAAUUCCGUAGACGUUACGAGUACAUACCAUAUUUAUUUAUUAGAAAUUUAUUGGUAAUUUCUUUAUCUUGUAUAAUUUGUGUACUUAUUGUAAAAUAAUAUUUCUAACAUUUUUUAUUACUUUGUAAUAGUUUAUAUACAUUUGUAAAUUUGUUAAGAUUUAACUUUUUUUAGUUUAGUUAAUAUUCUGUUUCUAUAAUUUUUCUUGGCGUAAUUCAUUCUGAAAUUUGAAUUGUGUCAAGAUAAUUUUGGAAAAGAAUAACUGCCACCCGCUUUUUACAUUUUCAAUGAAUUGU